AUGACCUCUUCUGGUGUUGCUGGAGCGGUGUCGCAUCAACAGCCCAUCGAAAGUCACCACAAGCGCAUCAAGCAGAUCUGCGCCCACGAGCUGCGUGCAGUGACGUCCGUGGUGCUCAAUCAUACGCUUCCUCGAAUUCUUGUGGCCGACGCAAUGUCGUUCGAAAGCGAGCCGAUGCUGUGGGAUGUUGCUUCGAUAAAGACCGACACCCUCGACAAGGCCUUGCUUCUGACACGCCCAAUCAACCACAAAGUUCUCACUGGUGGACGCAUCGUGUUCAACACGACAGCGUAUCUGGGAUGCAGAAUCACACCAAAACGACUGUCCAUGUAUGUCCUUUGA